AUGGAGUAUACCAUACCUAUCCAAAGACAGCGGACUGUGUCAACAACUGGAGAAGCUCUGUAUGAAAUUCUUGGUCUGCAAAAGGGAGCAUCAAAUGAAGAAAUUAAGAAAAACUACAGAAAAUUAGCCCUGAAACACCAUCCAGACAAGAAUCCAAAUGAUCCAGAUGCUGCUGAAAAGUUUAAAGAAAUCAACAAUGCCCACACAAUACUUACCAACAUCUCAAAGAGAAAUAUAUAUGACAAGUACGGAUCUCUGGGACUCUACGUGGCCGAGCAAUUUGGAGAUGAAAAUGUUAAUGCCUACUUCAUGCUGUCUAGCUGGUGGGCAAAGACCCUGUUCGUCGUCAUUGGCCUCUUGACAGGCUGCUAUUUUUGUUGCUGUCUGUGCUGCUGCUGCAACUGCUGUUGUGGACACUGCCGGCCCAAAUCCGCGAUGCCAGAGGAGAACUAUUAUGUGUCUCCAGAGGAUCUUGAGGAGCAGAUCAAGACCGACACAGAAAAAGAUAUGGACUUUCCAGUUGUUCUCCAGCCUAAAAAUGCAAAUGAGAAAACACAGCUAAUCAGAGAAGAAGCUCGAAGUUAUCGCACAGACUCUUGAUAUUGAGUCCAUUGAGGGUCCACAGUGCCUCCUUCUCUUGGUUCAGCCAUGUCUCCAGGUGGUCUUGGGGGACAGUGGGGCCAUGAAAUGCUGUGAACUUUUCCAUGUUUGUAUUUUAUUUUUAGGUUAGGGAAAGAUAAUUGCUACAUAAUUUUCUCAGUAUACAGUCUUUCUCUUUGAGCAGAAUUCCCAAUGAAACACAUUCAAUUUUGAUGAAUAACGGCCUGAAGAGUUGUUCUAUGCUCCUUGCAUGAAGUUAGGCAGUGUCAUUGGACAGUCUUUAUAAGCCUGCUCUUUAUGUGAGCCAGACCUCAUUUCUCACAGACUAAAGUAGUAUUUCAAUACAGAAGCCACUUUUCAUCCAUUCAACUAAAUGCAAUAUUCAUAUCUGCCACAAAUAUCACCAGCAAAAUACACUUGAAAACAUAACAAGGAAUGUUCAUGUGUGGAGCCUUUUCCCUGUCCAUAUUCAAUAUGGUUACAGAAAUAUUUCAAGAGGCAGAAAGAGAUCAUUUUUAAAAAGACAAUUCACAUUAUUUUAAUGUAUAUUUUUGGAACAUUAAAAAUGGGCAUUUACUGAAAACUGACAAGUAAAACCAGGAAGAAACAGGUUUUGUGUGU